AUGCUGAUGCGCCAUGGCCAUCGACGGUUGUGGGACAGUUGGAGUUGGCCGCCCCUGUUACGUGUGUUACCGCCACCCAACACCGAGCUGGUGGAUUGCAGCACCGCGCCAAGUGUGGCGUAUUGUAUGCACCAUUCAGGCCCAUUCCGGCUCAAGGACAAUCGACACCCCCCGCGGAACAAAUAUGUGUUGGUCUUGGGCGAUAAGGCUAGCGGAAAGUCUUCCCUCAUCGCCAAGUUGAAAAAAGAAAAACCCAAGAAGUGUUCCGAUCUCGAGUGUUACCAUAUCGACGUGGUGAACGAGAUUCAACAUGAUUUUCUGACCUUUUGGAUUCUGCAUGAUGAUGGUUCGCGACACAAGCGAGUGCUCCAAUGUGUCCUACGCGAAGAAAAGUUCCCACACACGCUCGUCAUGCUAACUAUUUCGAUGGAUAAACCCUUGACGUGGAUGGAGCAGCUGCAACACUGGAUGAAGAUACUGACCGAACACAUCGCAGGGCUGCAAAUUGCGCCAGAGGAAAUGCAACAUUUGCAGGCACGCCUUGCGACAGUAUGGCAGAAUUACUGUCGAUCGACGACCGACGCACCCAAACCCGGUGCUUCAACCAAGCACCUCGGCCUGUGCAAUGCGCCUCCUCUGCCGAAAGGUGUUCUAACGAACAAUCUAGGCCUGGAUCUGGUCGUCGUCGUUACCAAGACGGACUACACGACCACGCUUGAGCAGCAGUUUGACUUUCGGCGUGAAGAUUUUGACUUCAUGCAACAGUGUGUGCGACGGUUUUGCUUAAUGUACGGUGCCUCACUCAUCUACACCAGUGCGAUGGAGGACAAGAACUGCGCUCUACUGCUGAACUACCUUCGGCAUCGGAUCUACGGAUUACCAUUUCGUACAUCAGCAGUCGUUGAGAAGGAUGCGUUGCUAAUACCGGAAGGUUGGGACAGCAUGGAUAAGAUCGGAAACCAAAAUACUGCAGUUACCAAGACUUGUAAGUGCUUAUCGAAGAAAAAGAAGAAGAAGAAGCUUCCCGGCCCUAAAUCGGUUGCGGCACCAUCCACCGCUGCUGAAGGGACUGAGGUCGGUGAUCCGCAAAGUGGAUCUUCCUCGCUCUCCACGCUAACAGUACAAUCUAGUGUGGGAGGAUCGGCCGAUAUGAGUUCGACGAACGAUCAGACAAGCAUGCGCAAAGAGGAAGGCUGUGAGCAUUAG